AUGUCUGGCCGUCGUGUCCUUCUGUCGAGCCGAGGCAGACUCGCUCAAACUCUUAUGCAUUUCUGGCCGAGAAUAGGCAGAGAUCUGUGCUACCUACCCUACCAUCGUUUGGUAACAUUUGUACUUGUGCUCGGUGCUAUUGCCAGAGUGUCGUUCAUUGGGUUUCCGCCGAGUACUGCCAUUUCUUCGUUGCUAUUGGGAAUUACCAAAGCCUUAUCUUGGACAUACACUGCCCAAAGCGCCUACUACACAUCCUGGAGUCUAGCAGCAAUGCUGUCGUCCUUCAGUCUACUCUCUACCCGUAAUCCAUUUAGCCUCCCGUCCGACAGCCAGGCUCUAUCACACGUACUUGCGUCUCUGCUUUCUCUUGCACAAAUGUUUGGUUUCACUCCUAAGCAAGUCAGACCAACAUGGGUAUUGAUCGUUGCAGCCGUCCUCCCUUUGGUCCCAUACUCAGCGAACAUCGUCGCAAUUCGCAACGCUCAACUGGAGGCUCAGAUCUUUAGUGAAAGUAACUCGCAUCCUGUCGAGGUUUUAUUCAACCGAUCUAAAAUCGAGUUUCAACAAAUGUUAGCGCGACAAUCUACCACUUUUGAGAUGGCAUCUAGAGAAUACCGAUCCAGAUAUGGUCUGGACCCACCACCAGGGUUUGAAGGCUGGUUCCAACUGGCAAGAUCCCUUGAGUCUCCCUUGAUUGAUGAUUUCGAUACGAUACAUAAAUCAAUAUCCCCAUUUAGAGAUUUUAGUGGGAAGGAACUUCAAAAGGUAAUUUAUCAAGCCCAAACUCUUCAAGGAAUGGAUUUAUGGCUAUGCCGAUUCUCCAGUGCAACAUCGAAAACGGAAUGCAGUCAUCCCCGACGAAAGUUUGACCGGCACAUCUCACAAAUGUUCAAUAAUAUUCUUGUGAACGCAACGGGGCUUCCUGAUGUCGAGUUUCUGGUUAACCACAUAGAUGAACCCAGAGUCCUUGACCACUUGCAUCAAGAUGGGGGGAUCAGUGUUGAUAACCAUAGCCACAUGCCUGUCUGGGAUUUAGUGACAAAAGGCUGUAACUCAAUGAAUGGUGGGGCAAAAGAUGAGAGUGGUGUCAACACAUUUGGAUUGCCAUUUGUUACGAAUAUUUCUUCAGCCCAAGAUCUAUGUAAGCAUCCUGAUUACCAAGGUCGCCAUGGCCUCACAUCAAGUCCUGUCUCUUUUCGGCCCAUCACUGGACCCCUUCCGGUACUCUCAACUGGUACCCUUUCCACAAUGAGGGACAUUUUGUUUCCGAGCCCUGCUUAUACGGAGAACGAGUUCAUAUAUAACGAGACAUAUGAUAUUGAAUGGGAUUUGAAGCGCAAUAAUCUCUACUGGGCUGGGUCGACUACAGGAGGGUACGCAACGGAUUCCAAUUGGCAACUCUUCCACCGACAGAGAUUUGUGGAAAUAGCACAAAACCUACGGAAGAAUAACUCCUACCUCAGGGUUAAAGAUGGCGUUGCCAAGCGUGUGAGGUCGUCCUUUCUCAACGGAAGACUGUUCAAUGUUGCUUUUACACGUAUCUUUCAGUGUGAAAGACAAUCUUGCAGGGAUCAAGAUGCAUAUUUCGGGACCAAGUCAUGGGUCGACAAGGACGAAGCACUUAAGUCGAAACUCGCGUUCGAUAUCGACGGUAAUGGUAUUAGUGGUCGCUUUUAUAAGUUGCUUGCUUCAAGAUCAGUGCCGCUGAAGCAGACGCUUCUUCGGGAAUGGCAUGACGAUCGCCUUGUACCCUGGCUACACUAUGUACCUGUUAGUCAGAGCAUGGAGGAGCUUCCCGAGUUGGUGUCGUUUCUGACACUAACGAGAUCUGGGCAAAUAAUCGCGGAGGAAAUCGCAAUGAACGGUCGGGAGUGGUUAUUGCUGGAAAUGGCAAGACUCCAGGACCUAGGGCGCAUACCAGAUAAUUAA